UUUGCGGGGGACAGCGUACCGAACCCUGUGACUCUCGGCUUCUGCCCAGGUGAGGUGUCUAUGGAGAGGCUCCUGGCCCAGCUGUGUGGCACCGAUGAGGCGCGACCGCUCCCGCUGUGGGAAGGGGACACCACGGGCCACUGCUUCACACAGCUGGUGCUCAGCGUCAUUCCCCACGCGCUCCUCGCCGUCCUCAGUGCCUGCUACUUGAGCACCCCAAGGACUUCCAAUUAUAUCCUACCUUUUAAUCCCGGUUGGCGCCUCCGACUUGCAGCUUCCUUUCUUCUCUCUAUCUUCCCGCUGCUGGACCUCCUUCCAGUUGCUCUCCCACCAGGGUCGCGCCCAGGGCCCAUAGGGCUAGAGGUGCUGACAGGGUGUGUGACAGCUGUGGCCUGGUUCACCCACAGCCUGGCCCUGUGGGCAUUGUUUCAUUCCCUGCAUGGCCGUUCCCGUGGACCCUUGGCUUUGGCUCUGGCAGCCUUCCUACCAGCACCAGCCCUAGUGCUGACGCUGUUGUGGCAUUGCCAACGAGGCUCGUUUCUGCCCCCACUUCUCCCAGGUCCCCUGGGCCGUGUAUGUCUUCUCAUUCUGCAGCUGACAGCUGUCUUCGCCUAUGGACUGGGCUGGGCAGCCCCUGGGGGGCCACGAGAGCCCUGGAUUCAGGAACGCUUUUUGUCCUCUGAGAGUCAAGAAAGAGAGGUGGCCGAAGAUGGAGAGAGUUGGUUGUCACGUUUUUCCUAUGCCUGGUUGGCACCCUUACUUGCUCGUGGAGUCCGUGGAGAGCUCCAGCAGCCCCAGGACAUUUGCCGGCUCCCCCGAAGGCUGCAUCCUGCCUACCUGGCCCGCGCCUUCCAAGCACACUGGAAGGAGGGGGCCCAGCUGUGGAGGGCCCUCUAUGGGGCCUUUGGAUGUUGCUACCUGGCUCUUGGACUGUUGAAGCUGGUGGGGACCAUGCUGUCGUUCUCUGGGCCUCUGCUGCUCUCCCUGCUGGUGGGCUUCCUGGAGGAAGGGCAAGAGCCCCUGAGCCAUGGCGUGCUCUACGUUCUGGGCUUGGCCAGUGGGGCCGUGCUAAGUGCGGUGCUGCAGAAUCAGUAUGGGUACGAGAUACGUAAAGUGGCGCUUCAGGCACGGGUGGCUGUGCUGAGCGUCCUCUACCGAAAGGCCUUGCAGCUUGGGCCUAACCGCCCUCCUACUGGGGAGGCCCUGAACCUCCUAGGCACCGACUCUGAGAGGCUGCUUAACUUUGCUGGCAGCUUCCACGAGGCCUGGGGCCUCCCUCUGCAGCUGGCCAUCACCCUCUACCUGCUGUACCAGCAGGUGGGCAUGGCCUUCGUGGCUGGGUUGGUCUUGGCACUGCUGUUGGUACCUGUCAACAAAGUGAUUGCCACUCGCAUCAUGGCCAGCAAUCAGGAGAUGCUACAGCACAAGGAUGCACGGGUAAAGCUCAUGACAGAGCUGCUGAGUGGCAUUCGAGUCAUCAAGUUCUUCGGGUGGGAGCAGGCUCUGGGGGACCGAGUAAAGUCCUACCGCUCUCAAGAGUUGGGGCGACUCCGGGUCAUCAAGUACCUGGAUGCGGCCUGUGUGUACCUGUGGGCUGCUCUGCCAGUUGUCAUCUGCAUCGUCAUCUUCAUCACCUACGUCCUCAUGGGGCACCAGCUCACUGCCACCAAGGUGUUUACGGCACUGGCACUUGUGCGCCUGCUCAUUCUUCCUCUCAACAACUUCCCCUGGGUGAUAAAUGGCCUCUUGGAGUCCAAAGUAUCCCUGGACCGGAUCCAGCGUUUCCUAGACCUUCCAAACUACAACCCUGAGGAGUACUACAGCCCUGAUCCCCCCAGCGAGCCGUCCACAGUACUGGAGCUGCAUGAAGCCCUGUUCUCCUGGGACCCAAUUGGAACAAGCCAGAAAACCUUCAUCAGUCACCUCCAAGUGAAAAAGGGUGCGCUGGUGGGCAUCGUGGGAAAGGUGGGCUGUGGGAAGAGUUCGCUGUUGGCCGCCAUCACUGGGGAGCUCCACAGGCUCUGUGGGUGGGUGGCAGUUUCAGAGCUGUCCAGAGGCUUUGGACUGGCCACCCAGGAGCCCUGGAUCCAGUGUGCCACUAUCCGAGACAAUAUCCUCUUUGGGAAGACAUUUGAUGCCCAGCUGUACACGGAGGUGCUAGAGGCCUGCGCCCUCAAUGAUGAUCUCAGUAUCCUGCCUGCUGGAGACCAGACAGAGGUGGGAGAGAAGGGUGUGACCCUCAGUGGGGGACAGCGGGCUCGGAUUGCACUUGCCCGUGCUGUCUACCAGGAGAAAACCUUCUAUCUCCUUGAUGACCCUCUGGCUGCUGUGGAUGCAGACGUGGCCAACCACCUGCUGCAUAGGUGUAUUCUGGGGGUGCUGAGCCACACCACUCGGCUGCUGUGCACCCACCGCACUGAGUACCUCGAGAAGGCUGACGUGGUGCUGUUGAUGGAGGCCGGGCACCUGGUCCGGACAGGGCCUCCCUCGGAGAUUCUGCCAUUGGUUCAAGCUGGCCCCACAGCCUGGACUAAGGAGGAAGAAGUGACUGACUCAGGCAAGUCCCUGUCAGUACAGAACCUGGAGAAAACAACCGAGGGGCUGGAGGUGGAGCAGAGCACAUCUGGCCGCCUAGUGCAGGAAGAAAGCAAAUGCGAGGGUGCCGUGGCCCUGCAUGUAUACCAAGCGUACUGGAGGGCCAUGGGCAGUGGCCUGGCUGUCGCCAUCCUGGUCUCUCUGCUCCUCAUGCAAGCCACACGCAACGGUGCUGACUGGUGGCUCUCUCACUGGCUCUCUCAGCUGAAGACAGCAGGGAAUAGCUCCAAGGAGGGUCCAGCUUCCUCCAGCCCAGACUCCACAGUGCUCUUCUCCCCACCGCUGCUUCUCUUCUCCUCCAGGAACUUCUACACUCCACUGCUCAACGUCGCUUCCAAUGGCUCCUCAGAUGUCCACUUCUACCUCAUCGUGUACGGAGCCAUUGCUGGAGUCAACUCUCUCUGCACCCUUCUCCGGGCAGUCCUCUUUGCAGCGGGUGCCCUUCAAGCAGCUGCCACCCUACACCACCGCCUACUGCAUCGACUCCUCAUGGCACCGGUGACUUUCUUUGACUCCACGCCCUCAGGCCGGGUCUUGAACCGCUUCUCCUCAGAUGUAGCCUGUGUAGAUGACAGCCUGCCUUUCCUCCUCAACAUUCUGCUGGCCAAUUCCGUAGGCCUGCUGGGCCUCCUGAUUGUGCUAGGUUCUGGUCUGCCCUGGUUGCUGCUGCUGCUGCCACCUUUGAGCUUCAUCUACUACCGAGUGCAGCGCCGCUACAGGGCCUCCUUCCGGGAGCUGCGGCGCCUGGGCAGCCUCACCCUGUCUCCUCUCUACACCCACAUGGCUGACACCCUGGCCGGCCUUCCAGUGCUCCGGGCUGCAGGGGCCACUUACAGAUUUGAGGAGGAGAACCAGCAACUCUUGGAGCUGAACCAGAGAUGCCAGUUUGCUUCCUAUGCCACGAUGCAGUGGCUGGACAUUCGACUGCAGCUCAUGGGGGCAGCAGUGGUCAGCGCCAUCGCCGUCAUUGCCCUGGUGCAACACCAGCAGGGACUUGCCAACCCAGUGUUCCCUGUGAGGAUGCUUCAGCAGAGCUAUCAUCACCCUCAUUUCAGUGCUGAGGAAUCCAUGGGCAGAGGGCUGGUGGGCCUCGUGCUGUCGUAUGCCUUGUCCUUGACGGGUCUGCUCUCGGGCCUGGUGAGCAGCUUCACCCAGACAGAAGGCAUGAUGGUGAGCGUCGAGCGACUGGAGGAGUACUCUUGUGGCGUUCCCCAAGAGCCCCGAGGUCAGCCAUUGCAGACACCCUACCAGGGCAUCAGGUGGCUGACCCGGGGCAGUGUGGAGUUCCAGGACGUGGUGUUGGUGUAUCGGCCAGGACUGCCAAAUGCCCUGGACAGGGUGACCUUCCGAGUGGAGCCUGGGGAGAAGCUGGGCAUCGUAGGCCGCACAGGCUCUGGCAAGUCUUCCCUGUUCUCGGUGCUCUUCCGGCUGCUGGAGCCCAGUGCAGGGCGGGUGCUGCUAGACGGUGUGGACACCAGCCAGCUGGAGCUGGCGGAGCUCAGAUCCCAGCUAGCUGUCAUCCCCCAGGAGCCUUUUUUGUUCAGUGGGACUGUGCGGGAGAACCUGGACCCCCAGGGCCUGCAUGAGGACGGCGCCCUGUGGCAAGCCCUGGAACAGUGCCACCUGAGUGAGGUGAUCGUCACUGUGGGGGGUCUGGAUGGAGAGCUGGGCGAAAAGGGCCGGAACUUGUCCCUGGGACAGAGGCAGCUGCUGUGUCUGGCCAGGGCUCUCCUUACAGAUGCCAAGAUCUUAUGCAUAGAUGAGGCCACGGCAAGUGUGGACCAGAAGACGGACCAGCUGCUCCAGCAAACCAUCUGCAAACGCUUUGCCAACAAGACCGUGCUGACUAUAGCCCACAGGCUCAACACAAUCCUAAACUCUGACCGAGUGCUGGUGCUCCAAGCCGGGAGGGUGGUAGAACUGGACACGCCCUCUGUCCUGCGCAGCCAACCCCAGUCUCUGUUCCAGCAGCUCCUGCAGAGCAGCCAGCAGGGAGCCUACCCCCGCCCUGCCGGAUGCUGAGCCUCCUUCCCACCAGGGUGGCUCAUUUACCUUCCCCUCUGAGCAUCUACCUCUCCUCCGCUUCCCCAGAUGGGAAAGGGCACCCUGGCUUCCCCAUGUAAAUCACACGUAGGUGGGUUGAAGGCUGAGGCUUUCUCAGAACUGGUCCACCACGGGCCUCUUCAUCCAGAAUUCUGGGACAGUUUUUCUUCCAUAGACGCCCACUUUUAUUUUCAUAAUUUUAUUUGAUAAAAUUCCUAUUUUA